CCCGAAUGCUGUAGUGGAGUGUUGAGUUCCUCCUUGACUUGAACCCUUCUCUUUGAAUGAACUGGUCGGGCUGCCUGCAGUUUUUCCAGUUAGAUGCGUUCACAGAAGCUGUGCAACUCACACCUUAGUACGCUCCUCUGCCUCUUGCUGCACCUAGACCCUACGACUACGUCGCUACUUUAUUUUGCUUGGAUCUUCUGCUUAGUCGCCUGAAAUAAAAUAAUGGGGCACUCGCAGUCUCGUCAGGACGUAUCCGUGGUGGUUGUCGGCGGUGGAUUUGCUGGUAUCCAGUUGGCGCGAGGAAUCGCAAGUGCUUGCAAUGUGACCUUGAUCGACUCGUCUCCAUUCCUGCACCAGUCCUUGGCCAGCCUUCGUACCGUGGUCCUGCCUGGAUGGAGCGACAUGGUGCUUCUGGAUCGAGAGGGUCACUCUCGCGAACUCAAGCAGGUCAGAGGCAAGGUGACCGGAUUUAAUAAGGAGGAGAAGACGGUGACGGUGGAGGGAGUGGAGGAGGCCGUGAAAUACGACUACCUGGUCCUGGCCACAGGCUCGCAGUGUGCUUUCCCGGCCAAGGUACCCGUGGACGUGCUUGCAAAGGGCAAGGAGGAGAUCGUGCGCGCGUACGACGAGUGCCGAGAGAGGCUGUGCGCGGCAAAGCGCAUCUCGAUCGUCGGCGGCGGAGCAGUCGGCGUGGAGCUGGCUGCAGAGAUCGCCGUAGAGCAUCCUGACAAAGAGGUGACGCUGAUCCACAGCUACGACAGCCUUCUCGCCGACGACAUGCCGAUGAAGAUGAGGCGUGGCGUGCAGCAGAAGCUGGAUGCGCUCGGUGUGCGCCUCGUGCUCGGCCAGAAGGUGGACCUGUCGUCGGUGGUGGAAAGCCUCUCCGACCACGCCCUCAACUCCGUCAGCAUUCCCGGCCCAGUGACGCUAUCGACUGAUAAGAAUGAGCAGAUUGAAGCAGACCUUGUGUUUCCUUGCAUCGGUGUGUUCCCAAACAAGGGAGCGUAUUCUGGAUCUUUAUCGGCGGAGCAAAUCGACGAGAAAGGCUACGUGAAGGUUGAUGAGUUCUUGCAAGUUCAGGGAGAGGAGAAUAUCUUUGCUAUUGGCGACUGCAACAAUCGGCCCGUGCCUAAGAUGGCAUUGCACUGCACAGAUCAGGCUGUGUACUUGAUCAGUAUGAUGAAGGCACUGCUCAAUGGCAAGCCGAAGAAGGUCUAUCAGUGUAGCCACACCAAACCCACCAUGGUGGUGCCGAUCGGCCGUAUUGACGGCAUCGGAAUGUAUCACGGCUCGGCGCUGCCCACGUUUGUCUGCAAGAAGAUGAAGGCACACGAUCUGCUCACCGGCAAACUGUGCGGCGACUUUGGCGUCCGGCCGGCACCCACCUACCCCAAGCUACCCGCCGUCCCCGCACGCGCAAAUAAAUCUGCUCAAGCCGCACCCGCUGCCGAGGAUCAGCCAGCCAGCACAGAGCAACCAGCUGCUGCUGCUGCAGCCGACGCUGCUGCUGAAACAACAGAGCAGCCCGCAGCUGCCACCGAAGAGCCCGCAGCUGCCACGGAAGAGCCCACAGCUGCCACUGAAGAGCCCGCAGCUGUAGACGAGCCCACCAAGGAAGCCGAAGCUUCCGAUGAGCAGGCAGCAGGAGAAGCCUCGGAAAAGGUUGAGGAGUCCAAACCUGAGGCUGAGGAGUCCAAACCUGCAGUAGAUGAAGCCACUGAGACAUCUGAGGCAGCUGCUGAGGAGCAAGAGGAGAAGAAAGCUGAAGAUGCAAGUGAGGUGCCAGCACAAAGCACUGAGGAAUAAGGAACUAAAGCAUCAUCGCAUUCCACCUUAGCAAAUCCAUUCUCAACCGGACAUCUCUCUCUCUCUCCUCCCCUCCCCCCCCCCCCCCCCUCUCUCUCUCACUCUCUCUCUCAUUGCCUUAUCCCCCUGCAAUAUUUCCGUUUCUUAUCUUCCGUGAGUUCCCAAGUUUCUUUCACUCGCUUUCCUUUCACCUUCUUUCCCCCACUUCCAGUGCUGGCGCCAUUUCUCUAUCUUCCAUUGAUGAUUAUUCCCUGCACUAACAACCUAGAGAGGUUUACACCGUGUAUUAUCUUCCUUGUAUCAUUGUUAGGACCGAUCGGGGUGCUUGUAGGCUGUCGCGUUCCCGAUUCUUUUCUUCUUCUUGUUUGGUCAAAUGACACCGUGUGGAUUCAAUGUGGGAUAUGGACUAGAGAAGUGCUCACCAAUUGCCACUACAAUAUAGCAUUUUGUUUUAUAUUUUCCUAGACUUGUUACUGAUCUUGUACUUCGAAUUACGUGUAUUUUUGCUCUCUGGCCUAAAGACACAUUGCAACGGCCGGUGUAGGUGUUGGUGUACCUGCGUGGACACUUAGAUUCUCUUAUUCAUCAUGUAGCGUUUAUGAUUCUGUGA